AUGGGGUCGUCCAAAAAUGUAAUAAGUGAGCCUGUUGAUGUGGAGGAAGGCUAUAACAUGAUGGCUUCUUUCCAACGCUCUAAUAGCCAUGACAAAGUGAGGAAAAUAGUAGCAGAAGAGGGACGUACAGCAAGGAACCUAAUUGCGUGGAGUGUUCCACUGGAAAACAAAGAAGAUGAUGGAAAAUCAAAAUGGCAAGCUGCUGGAAAAACGAAGAGGGUGACUCAAGGAGCACACAAGACUGCAAAACAGGGCACUGCCAUAGACUGUAAAUUAACAUCAGCAGCAGCUGGAGAUAAAAACUUUGACAAAAGCCCAACAAAAACAAGACAGCCUCGAAAAGUUGAUCUACGAGCUCGAUACUGGGCAUUUCUUUUUGACAAUCUCAGACGGGCGGUUGAUGAAAUCUAUGUUACAUGUGAGUCGGAUCAGAGUGUAGUAGAAUGCAAGGAGGUGCUGAUGAUGCUUGAUAACUAUGUAAGGGACUUCAAAGCAUUGAUUGACUGGAUACAGCUACAGGAGAAGCUAGAGAAAGCUGAUGCUCAAAGCAGACCUACUUCAUUAGCCUGGGAAGUAAAGAAAAUGUCUCCAGGACGCCAUGUGAUUCCAAGUCCAUCAACAGAUAGAAUUAGUGUGACAUCAAAUGCUCGGAGAAGUUUAAAUUUUGGGAACCCUGCAGUGACAAUUUCUGCAACACGCCUGGCUCCUUCUGGUGUCAGUUGGGCGGAUAAGGUAAAAGCCAACCAUGGAGCUAGAGCUGCCAAUCCUGAGCUAGCAACAGCACAAACCUGUCUGCCGCCUCCCGCGCAGAAGUCGGCACGGAAAAAUGAUCAAAAGGAUGCAGAGGGCUGGGAAACAGUUCAGCGUGGAAGGCCUGUUCGAUCUCGAUCCACAGCUUUGGCAACAAAGACUCCUGUAGCUGCAGAAUCACUGAAGUCCAAAGGUGACAGUGACAGAGAAAAUGUCAUUCCACCACCAUCAGAGAAUAAGUGUGGGAGUUCGAUCACUGACAGCAGCGCGUCCAAAAGCACGGAGCUUGUGCAGAAGGAUCCUUUACGUCAGUCUGAAGGUCCUCUUACUGAAAGGACUCAGUUCACAGCACACGCCUCAGAAGACAAUGGGAGCACUGGCACACCAUUGCAAGGAGAUUCCUUACAAACGGUUUCUGAGAUGCCUCCAGUUCUCACAAAUACAGACUGUACUACAAAAACUCUGCAGAUUAGUGAAGGCUCCUCCCUGAUCGCUGAUACUAUAGACCAACAUCAAACAGAAAAAGCUAAAAUUGAAACUGAAAUGGAUCCCUCAGACAUUUCAAAUGUGAGUGCUGCCAGAUUGUCUAUGGCAGAAGUCCUUGCUAAGAAAGAAGAGUUAGCAGAUCGCCUGGAAAAGGCAAACGAAGAAGCCAUUGCUAGUGCUAUUGCAGAAGAAGAGCAAUUAACUAGAGAGAUUGAAGCAGAGGAAAACAAUGACAUUAAUAUCGAGACUGACAAUGACAGCGAUUUCUCUGCUGGUAUGGGCAACGGAAGCAUAUCUUUCUGUGGUAUGUCUAUGGACUGGAAUGAUGUUCUGGCAGAUUAUGAAGCUCGUGAAUCGUGGCGCCAGAGUAAUUCUUGGGGAGACAGAGUGGAAGAAGAGCCCGCACGUCCGCCUGGACAUGGAAUACACAUGCAUGAGAAACUGUCUUCACCGUCACGCAAAAGAACAAUAGCAGAAUCCAAAAAGAAACAUGAAGAGAAACAAAUGAAGGCUCAACAGCUGAGAGAAAAGUUACGUGAAGAAAAGACACUGAAGCUUCAAAAAUUAAUGGAGAGGGAGAAAGAUGUACGGAAAUGGAAAGAAGAAUUAUUAGAUCAAAGACGCAGGAUGAUGGAGGAAAAAUUACUCCAUGCAGAAUUUAAACGUGAAGUGCAGCUACAAGCAAUUGUGAAAAAAGCCCAAGAGGAAGAAGCUAAG